AAAAAUUGUUAACUUAUAGUAAUCAAAACAUCUUUCACAAAGUGGAUACAUGAAAACAAUGCUACAUGAAGAAACAGUUAAUUUGGAAGUAAAUACAAAAUAGUCGAUUUGUGUAACUAACUUAGUUGCUGUAUAGCACAAUCUAAACAUAAAGAAAAUAUUUGAUGUUUUAGGUUAACUUGUCUUUAUAAUGUUCACGCGCGUUUGUUUGUCGCUGCUAUUAGGAUGAUUGUGGUACUGGUGCUGAUGCGGGAUGAGUCAGGGAAUAUGAUGCUGCUCGUGUCGCUUCCAUUUCAUCAGCACAAAACACCCAAACAUUUCUAAAUCUUUUAGAUGGUGGAUGUACACAUGUCAGACAUAAAGAAUCUUUGACUUUUGUGCGACUUUAAUCUAGACACAGACAAUUUCAACUUCACGCCGACUCAUCUUUUACCAAGGAAAAGAGACCGCCUACGCGGCGCAGUUUGCACCUGUUUGUUUUUGUCUUAAGACGGAUGUUUAUUUUAUAAUUCGGCUAGUUUGAUUUAUUAUGUGAAUAGUUAAGUCUGACAUUUCUUCCAUCGUUUUCUUAAGAGGUUUAAACUCUUAUACGACUAUGGAAUCUGCUGUUUGCCACCACUGAGCCGAACAAACAACAAUACUGGAGUAGUCAUGGAGGCAAUUUGGCUUUACCAGUUUCGACUGAUUGUCAUUGGGGACUCCACUGUUGGAAAAUCAUGUUUAAUAAGACGAUUCACAGAGGGCCGCUUUGCACAGGUGUCAGAUCCGACUGUCGGGGUGGAUUUUUUCUCUCGCUUGGUGGAGAUUGAACCUGGGAAGCGGGUUAAAUUACAGAUUUGGGAUACAGCCGGACAGGAGCGCUUCAGGUCUAUUACUAGAGCUUACUACCGUAACUCUGUUGGAGGUUUGCUGCUCUUUGACAUAACAAACCGGCGCUCCUUCCAGAAUGUUCACGAGUGGCUAGAGGAGGCCCGUAGCCACGUCCAGCCCCACAGCAUCGUCUUUUUGUUGGUCGGCCACAAAUGCGAUUUGGAACCACAGCGGCAGGUAAGCCGCCAAGAAGCGGAGAAGCUUGCAGCGGCGUACGGCAUGCGCUACGUGGAGACUUCGGCACGUGAUGCUAUUAACGUGGAGAGAGCAUUCACAGAGCUAACACAGGAUAUAUUUGAGUUAGUUAAGAAUGGGGAGAUUACCAUCCAGGAAGGCUGGGAAGGAGUGAAGAGUGGCUUUGUACCAAAUGUAGUGCAUUCUUCAGAAGAAGUGACAAAGGGUGACCGCCGUUGCUUCUGUUGAAUCAGCAAUCACCGCCGUGUUAGCUUUCAAACAUACCGCUUCCUCCAAUCACAGGAUCAGUCUUCAUCAUUGCCACUUUUAUGCCUGUUGAAUGCCUAAAGACCCACUGUGCUCUAUUUAUCCUUUUCUGUACUAUUUUGCUCAUAUCCCUAAUCACACGACUUUAUGGCCAAACAGAUUCCUGUAGUCUGAAUGGUUAAUACAUUUUCUUUUUGACGCCCACAUAAAGAUGGCCAAUCUGCACUUUAACUGUAUCUGCCCAUCCGUUAUUCAUAUUGAGACACGAAAGUUAAACUUUCAAAAGUGAAGAUGUUUGCUUCAGACAACACUUGUAUCUGGGACCAAAUCUGUUCCGGGUGUCUUCAGGGGAGUUGUACAUGAGUUCACUGACAAAGCUGGGAUACCUAUUCAUGUUUGGGACUUGAAGAUCUUAGACAUGAACACUUUGAUUGUUUGAUGUGUGGAUUGUUUGAUUAUUGACUUUAAGGACAAUGACAAGAGAGGAAAAAAUGCAAUAUAAAGAACUGUACAAACAUCUGACCUGUAAUUUUUUAUAUAUAUUCAUGGCUACACAACUUAAAUUUUCAGCUCUCAAAAUGGUUUAGAUAAUUGUCACACAAGUUGUAUGAUAGUUCCUAAAAUGUUCUUAGUUGAUACGGUCCAUAAGGUACCUUUAACAUCCACAACAUGCACAAAUGGUACUUGUUUUCAAAAAAAGGAAAAAAAUAAUUCUUUUCUGAAACAUUGACUGAAAUGUUCUUUAGGGAACCAAAAAUUGAACUUUCAGAAUCUCUUUUUUUAGUUUAGUGAAUUAACACAGAGGUAGAACAUUUUUAAUACAUACUCAGAAGAAAAAGGACAGAAGUUGUAGCUUUUUGUCACUGGGACGGUAUUUUAAAAAGGCCAAUAGGUACCAUUUAGAUAUGUAGCUUGGAGGUACCAUAGGCAGGGGCUUCAAACUGGGGGCCCUAUAAAGAUGCCAGGGGGGUUUGGUUUGAUGACAUCUUAUAAUAUCAAUAAAUUUAUCAUAAAUUAUGUGUAAAUAAAUAUCAGAAAAAAUAAGCCUAACCAACAACUAGGGCUGCACAAUUUGGGUAAUUUUCCCAUUGCGGUUAUUGAUGCUAAUAUUGCGAUGUGCGGUUGCGAUUAUAAUAAAUGGUAUCAUGAGUCAACUUGAUGGGUUUUAAGGAAAAUCCACACACAGUUUAGUGAUAAUGCUAAAAUGUGUAUUUGUAAAACUAGAAAUGUUUUCGUAUUGCCACGUGAUGUAGCAACUGCUCAGUGUCAGUAAUCCUAAAUCCAAAAUACCGCCAUACAACAGACGUAGAGUUUUUUUUCAGCUACCAGAUCACUGUCAAUCUCCUCUGCAUCCAUCUUCGCUCUGGUAUUUCUGCGCUGCGCACACACAAUUGAUGACACACGCCACACACGUGCAUGCCACACGUGCACUGCCUUUUUUGUUCGUUUUUCUUUCUUUUUUUAAACAGCAAGGAAAAUCAUCAAACUGUUAUCAGAAAGUUUGUGUUAACAAGUCCACACAUUUAUUUAUUUAAUAUAAUUGCAACAUUUUGCUGUCAUAUAAUCGCACAGGCUGACAUCGCGAUUGCGAUGCGAUUAAUUGUGCAGCACUACCAACAGCACUACAUUGAAUAGGUUAGGAGUAAUUGACAACUGGCUGUUUAAUUAUUCAAAAGUAAUGCACAACCAAGGUUGUAAUACGAAGCGAACUAACACUGGGUGUGCAUUAUUUUCUAAUAAUUUAAAGGACCGGUGUCAGUUAUUCCACUUAUAGCACAGAAAUUGCUAUGACAUUGCUCUUGUGGUUAUUUUAAGGUAUUUGAAAGGGUAGGUGUGCAUUUUACAGAAAAAUAAUCAACACCCAUGGAACAUUUCUCAACCAAUCAAAAUAAAGCAUUUAAUAGGCCCAUGGUAUAAUUUA